CCAUUGCCGUCCAGUUAGAUACCAUAUAUCCGGGAUAUAAUUAAUACUUGAAAUAAAAGGAAGCUGUGAAUUUAUAAUAUUACUGCUAUCUGACUUCAGUUCGUUACAACAUAAUAUCAACACUUAAGAUAUCAAAGUUAAAAGAGAAGAUGUUCUGUUUUCACUGUCCUCCAUCUUUACACCCUGGUGCCAGACCAUUAACCAUGGAAUUCUGUCAACCACACCCAACCUAUGGUAGUUAUGGAUUACACGGGGAUUUAGGGGAUGAUUCAUUUGCACGUAGAAAACAGAGACGAAACCGAACUACUUUCACUUUACAACAGUUAGAAGAACUGGAAAAAGCAUUUGCCCAGACUCAUUACCCUGACGUUUUCAUGAGAGAAGAUUUAGCUAUGAGAAUUAAUCUUACAGAAGCCAGAGUUCAGGUUUGGUUUCAAAACCGAAGAGCAAAAUGGCGAAAGAGUGAACGAUUUACCCAAACACAAACUGGUCCUGUACCACAAGGUGACGACGAUGUUUCGCGCAAUGGCCAAGAUUCGGACUGUGAAGGGAACAGAUCAGAUGAACAGAACGAGAUAAUGGUUGAUGGUGAUCAAUCAGAUGAUUUACAAGAUUUCAGAUCAGCGGAAGUAACGACAAAUAACGAAUCAAGCAGUGAUUCAGAACGAGAUCGUAAAAGUCCGUUAAAUGGCGAAGGUUUAUCAUCGGAUGGUAAUAGCAUUCCCGAUAAUGACAGCUAUAAUGAAUCAAACGACACAAAUGAGGAAAAUCUUAAACCAGACACCAGUCCCGAUUCGCACAUAUCUAGAGAGGAAGAUAAUAAAGCUGGAGAUGAAAGUGAAAACGAGGCACAAGAUAUUAAACAUGUUGAAUCACCGGAAGUUAAAAUACAGAGUCAAGUUCAAUCACCCACUUCACACCCUGCACCAGAAACGUCACCUCACAUUAUGAAAUCGUUCAUGAAUUCCAUACCGGCAAUGGCCAUGGCGGGAACAGACAUGAAUUUCUUUGCCAAGUUUAAUGCUGGAAAUCUACCAUUUUCACAGUCUUUAUUGGCAGCCUCGGCAAACAGACCAGCUUUUCUCUCCAUGUUUGAUAGUUCGGCGAUGUCCCAGUGUUAUGAUGCCUAUUUUGGAUCUCGGACUUUCUCGCGCCAUAUACCACAUCCGGCAUUUAAAGGUUGCUUUCCAUUCUGUAUGUGUUGUAACACCAAUCGGUCUGGUUGUUCAUCAUCUGUAUUUCCAUUUCAAGAACAGAGGAAUUCUAGUGUGGCUGAACUACGUCGCAGAGCACGUGAGCAUACGGAAGCUAUGGUGUCGGGUUCAUCUGAUCACCAUGGGAGUUCGCAGUGAUUUGUGAAUUUGUGAAACAAUGUAAUAGACAGUUAUUCUUUGUUGAUAUUGGAAACUGUUAAUGCAACCCGCAACACGUUUAGAUAAUCAUUAUUAACGGUUGAUUGUUCAUUCAAAAAAUGGUUCAGUGGUGUGAAAAGUAGUUUUUCCGCAAACCUUAUGAUAUUUUGAUUUGUUAAUUUUGAUAACAUACUUAAAUCAAGGGCGUAAUUACUUUUAUUUAGGUUCUUUAAUCCUUCAUAUAAUCAUAAUUCCAAUCUAAUUUAAUCUAAAUGGUAUUUUUGUUGUUAAACUUUUAUUAGACUUAACUAUCACUACGGUUGUUUUUUCGUAGUUUCGUCUUUACUCAAUGAAAUGUACAACCUCUUUAUCCGAAAAGAAAACAUAACGCUAACAAAUGAGAUUUAUUUAGGGCGUUUAAAUUUUUUCUAAAAUAAAUUUAUUUUAUAUUUCUAUUAUAAUUUUGAAUAUUUAUAAUAUGAACAGGUUGUGAUUAAUUAAGAGAAACUAUUUUGCAUAAAGAGUGCUAUUAUUUAAAACUAUUACAGUGUAUAAUUGUAGAUAUUUACGACUAAUUAUUUAUUUUUUAUGAAAUAUAGUGUUUAGAAUAUUUAAUCUGAAUCAGUUACUAUCGAUUAUUUUAAUUCUAUAGUAUUUGACAUUUUAUUGCGUUAACACAUCAAUAUGAUACCAAAACAUAAGCAUAAAUUAUAUUGCACUUCAAGCACUGCAGCACUUGUGAACGCACCUUUUAUUCACCAAUUGUUUAAAGCUCAAUGCAUGUAAUAAGUUGUAGUUUACUACUAAUGUUCCGAUAUUUAAAGUAGCUAAGUCCGUAACUCGAUAUCAUCCAAAAUCUUCGACAUUGAAAACACGAUUUUUUUUUUGCAAUUUAAAUCAGCAUUGGUGUUGUGAUCUUACCUGGAAAAGAUGGGCUUCUGAUAUUCAAUAUUUAAGACAAAAUAAACAUUUUACCAUUGGUACACGAAUCGUGUACCAUAAUGCGUUUCAGCGCCAUUUGUAACAAGGUGCUCAAAGAAUGAGGCUAGACAUAUUCCACAAGUCAUGUCAAACGGUGGUAUCAUAUUCUUAUUUGAGGAGCAUGCGCAAUAAAUAAUAUCGGUGUUGACUGGAAUAACCAGACGCUAGAAACUGGCUUGCGGUUGAGACUUCUGGCUUAUUUCGCCGAACAUAACUGAUGACAAUUCACAGUAAAACGGACACGAUUGAAUGUAAAACAGUUUAUAUAAAUUCAUAUUACAUUAUUAUAUGUGCUGCUACCCAUUUGUGCCAAUUUCUAGGUCCAAAAUAUUAGCGAUUUAGCUCCUUUAAGCAUACCACCUUCUACAAGAUACGAAAUCAAUGUAUUAUAAUAUUACACCUUAUUUAUCAAGGAAUUGUUACGGGCAUUGUUCAUUAAUCAUUGCUACAUAAGAUAGCAAUUAUGGCUUGCUGACUAAUCAAAACCACGAGAUAAGCGAAGACCUCAAAAAGUUAACAUAGCAAUUACAUGUAAUUUAUUUUGGUUGGUUUUAAUUAGUCGGUCAUAUAAUUUCUAUCUGAUAUAGAAAUGGUGAAUGAACUGGUAAUAUGAGGCAUUACGACAAUCUGUCAAUAUAAUAUUUCACUGGGUAUUGGUAUUAUAUUAUAUUUCGAUGAUAUUAUA